AUGUGCAUCGACGGAGACAUGGUUUCCCAUCCAUUGGGUUCGGCGCUUCACGCGGAGAAGCCGAACGAGCUCAUCCAUUUCGACUGGUUGUCGAUACCCAGGGCCAAGUCUGGCCAAAACCAAGUACUUGUGGACGAUAUGAGGGGGUUUGUGCAGCUGUUCGCGGCAGAGUACGCUGACGCCACCGCGACCGCUCAGUGCCUAAUGAUGUGGAACGAAGUGAUCGAUCAGGUGGGCGCCAACCAUCACAUCACGACAGCGUACAGUCCUUGGGCGAACGGGACUGUGGAAGUAGUCAACCGACUAGUGCUGCGCGCCGUGAAGGCGCUGCUCAGCGAAAUGAAGCUGAACGCGGACGAAUGGCCACAUGCGUUGCCCCUCGUUCAAGGCGCCCUCAACCAUCAGCCGGCGGACCGGCUGGGAGGAAUUGUGCCUGUGAAAGCGUUUACCGGCCUGCCAGCCAAGACCCCGCUGGCAGGAUUUGUCCACCCGACGUCCAAGGAAGUAUACGUCGCGGACUGGCUUGGCGCCGCCCUUCUGAAACAUAUGACGGACCUCCAAGUGGCGCUAGAAGAAAUGCACCGCAACGUGGCGGUGCGUAGCGACAAGUUGCGUCAGCAAGCGCGUGGACGUCGCGACCGAAAGUCCCAAGUCAAGUUUGCGGAUUUUUCGGUCGGCGAUUUUGUGCUUAUCGGAUCGGUCGUCAACCGUCCGACAAAAUUGGCCCUGCAUUGGCGAGGACCCUGCCAAGUGACCAGAGUCAUCACAGACCAUGUGAUGGAGACUCAUCAGCUGGUGCCACCGUAUGAAGUCACGGUCCAUCAUGCGUGCCGACUGAAGAUGUACCACGAAGGUGGUAUAGAGGUGACUGAAGACCUCGAGGCGCAGAUCGCGUUUGGUGAUGGCGGAUUUCAUGUGGAGCGCCUGGACGAAGCGCGCUGCGUGGAUGGCCAACACCAAGGUUUGGUGAAGUGGCUUGGACUUGACGAAGAAGAAUCGUCCUGGGAACCUGCGGCGAAUUUGCUGGACGACAUUCCGUCGUAUUUCGCAAGUGGGCGGCGGCGAACAAGGAAGACCCUGCCGUGGCCGCCCUCAUCAAGACACUGGACUUUCCGUAGGAGGGGAAGUGUUCUGCAGCGUGCAGAGCAAUUGGGUCGCGCGUUAGUUUGA